CCCAUGUACGUACACUUGGCGAAAGCUCUGGAAACUAGAAAGAGAAUUUCUUCGCGAAAGUUGUUCCAUAAUUGAAGCAAUCCUUCGCUUCUGCAAAGUUCUACUUCCACUCAUAUCUGCUUUACCUUCUGCAAUUCUCAUCUCCAUUUUGACCAAUUCAGCAAACAUGUCGAUUGUCCCAGUCAGUGACCAAGAAAGAAGUGUCUCCAAUUCCAACAAUUCCACCCAAGACCUUUGGGACCCUUUGGCCUCAGACCUCUCGAACUGGGACCCAUUCAGCGAUUUUCGUUUCCCUUCUCCAUUACACUCGCUCUCCACUUUCUUCUCCCCUCACUACUCUCCUUUUGGUGCUUCUGUGAACACCAGGCUCGAUUGGAGGGAAACCCCGAGAGCCCACGUGUUGAAGCUUAGUGUUCCGAACGAGGACGUGUUGGUUGAGCUCCAAGAUGAUCGAGUCCUCCAGGUCAGUGUCGAGAGCGGCAACUUCAUGAGCAGGUUCAAGAUCCCAGACAAUGGCUUCAUUGAGCAACUGAAGGCGUCCAUGCAUAAUGGGGUUCUCACUGUCAUUGUUCCCAAAGUGGAGGCCAGUACUAGUAGACCCAAUAUCAGGGUAAUCGAUAUCUCUGGCUAAAUUGGAGGUCUUUCUUUUGUCUCUCGUUGUGUGUGUGCGUGUGAUUAGCGGUGGAGUGGUAAUGGGUCGUCGGAAACUCUUGAGUUAUUGUAUAGUAUGAAGGUGUUUGAUAUAAUGCGUCUAAAGUAAUUGUGUGUGUGUUUGAUAGUUGAGUCGGUUACUGUAAUAUUAAGGUGAACUUUGUGUAUCUUGGAAUGGUCGUUGGUGUAAAGGAAAUAAUUAAAUAAAUAAUGUUCUCAAA